ACACGACCCCGGGUCCCAUUUUCCGGGCAGGCACAACGCAACGGGAGAACAGUCAGCUUCAUUACUUGGAAUAUCUAACCUAUACAUCUCUGACCACUCGUCUGUGUACUGUCUACGAGGUCAUCAGAUAGCUCGAGGACUGCAGCUACGGGGUACUCGAUCUCUGCGGCAACAGACGUGUGCUGGUGGCUGUUGAGCUCGCCGCCAGGAUGAUCGCCAAGAUCAUCGCUCUACCCACCAUCGCCUCUCUCCUCACCUCUUUCCUCGCCCAUGCAUUACCGGCCUCCAAUCCACAAUCUCCCUUCUUAGCAUCCUCCAGUCGAGUGGGACCACAGAGGUUCGACAAUGAGCAAGUAUGGAGGCUGAACUUGACUGCGUUGGACAGCGCAGACAAGGACAAUCUGAUGAAUAUUGUCAAGAUUAUGGAUCUUGACGUAUGGCAUGCCUCGCCCUCCCAAUUAGACGUCCGACUGGACGCCUCUCAGACAGCUCACCUGAGACAAGUUAUUCCUUCCUCCAUGCCUUUCGAACCUAUGAUACCCGAUCUACAGUCAGCUAUCGAGCGAUCUAGUGUCAUACAUACGUCUCUGUCGCAAGAGACUUGGGAUGUGUCCACGAUUGAUACACCUUUCCACGACUCAUAUCACACACUGGACGACCUAUAUUCAUUUGGCGAUCAACUUCAGAGAUAUUUUAAUGGGUACAAAGGCGUUAAGAUCGAGAGCUUCGUGGUGGGAACGACUUUCCAAGACCGUCAGAUACGAGGCUGGAAAGCGAGCAUAGAUACGGAUGGAGGUACUGGCAACCAGACGUUCGGCAAGAAAAAACAGGAACUGGAAUUCGUUCUGCAGAGUGGGCAGCAUGCGAGAGAGUGGAUCGGUCCAUCUACCGCGCUCUACUACCUCCACUGGCUGCUUCUCGCUGCGACGUCUGGACACAGUCCUGAAGCGCUUCUCGCACUACGCACGUUUACGUUCACCGUUGUGCCAACGAUAAAUCCAGAUGGAUACGUGUACAGUCAAGAACACAGUCGAAUGUGGAGGAAGAACAGGCAGUACCUCGGAGUGGACAAUUGCGUCGGUAUCGAUCUGAAUGCCAAUUGGGGAUACAAAUGGCGCAAACCACAACACAACAAUCCAUGUGCCGAGACGUACGCCGGAAAAGCCGCUUUCGAAGCCUUUGAGACUCGAGCCAUGGCAGACUAUCUAUUGAGCGCCAAUGGUCCUGCACCACUGUACGAGCGAGAAGGAGACGAUGAACAGUUCAAUCUACUGAAACCCAAGUCGAAGCGAAUUAGAGCGUUCGUCGACCUGCACAGCUACGGGCAGCUCUUCAUGUACCCUUUCGCUCAUUCAUGCGAAGACUUCCCUUUCGAUGCAGAGAACCUGAUGGAAGCCAGUCUUGGAGUUGCCAAGGCGAUGAGACAGAGGGACGGAGAGGCGUAUAUGACGGGACAGGCGUGCGACCUGACUUACAGGGCACCAGGCGACUCGAUUGACUUUGCAUACGGUACAACUGACGUCAGAUGGUCCUUCUCUACCGAGCUCAGAGAUACCGGGGUGUACGGCUUCCUCCUUCCUGCAUCCUACAUUCGUCCCACGGGAGAAGAGAUCUCUGCUGGACUGACCUUUUUGGCAAAGUUCAUCUAUACGACGGAGAUUGCCGGAUAGAAAUAGCUAUACUCUCAGAAACCUAGACUCAUUGCGCCCAUGAUGUUGUAUCGGGGAUGUCCUAUGACUAUAAACAAUUGUAUCAUGUAUGCUGGUUGGAAUGCAAUUG